GGAAAAUGGAGUUCAUGCCGUAUUACAGAACGUAGUACACCGGAUGGAUAGAUAUGUUGUCAGCUAGUAUUAAAAACAUUAAUGAAUGAGUUUCGAAAUUUAGUCUUAAUGAGAUGACAAAGCUGAUUUGUUAGUGUAUUUAAUUGCCAAAGUCUUCCUCGAUCUUAUAAUAUCGUUUUGUUUACUGUGUCUAUCAUUUUGUAUGAAGAACAAGAUUUUAUCGAAAUACCACUGCAAACUUAAAUGUUUGCAAAUUAACAAAAUAGCAAAUUAAACUAAUUUGAAUCUCGAAUAAUGGCAGAAGUGACCCAUUCAGUGGUUUUCUCAUCUGAUGGACAGUGGAGGAACAGACCACCCAGCAAAAUACCAUCUUUGUGGAAGUCUUACUUGUAUCAGUUGCAACAAGAAGCUCCAAUCCCUAAAAGAAUUCUUUGCAAUCGAGAAAUUCCUGGGAGACCAGCUCAUUAUGGAAGAGAAUUUCAUGGUAAAAUUUCUAGAGAAGAAGCUGAAAGAUUAUUAGUUGAAGAUGGAUGUUAUCUAGUUCGAGAAAGUCAGCGAGCUGUUGGUCAAUACACAUUAAGCAUGAAAUUUGCUGGUGUAACUAAAAAUUUUAAGUUGUAUUAUGACAAAAAGCAUUAUGUUGGAGAAAAACGAUUUGACACUAUACAAGAUCUUGUGGCAGAUGGUCUUAUUUCAAUGUACCUUGAGGCUCAUGCGGGCGAUUAUAUUGCUACAAUGUGUAUGGAAUCCAAAUAUGAAGAUAGCCCAUAUAUGACUUUAAAUUCAUAUAAAAGAAAAAUUACACGCAAUCGCUCUAGAAGUAGUAUAAAACAUGCUAAAGAUGAAGUUGCAUUAAAAAAGGAUAUUUCUAAAUGUGAUACAUUCCAUGAGUAUGAUAGACCACCUAUUGAAACGUCAACAAAUGAUGUGUUUGUUCCUGAAGAUGGAGACGACAUAGAUGUUCUGCAGUUUGAAAAACCUCAUGUGUUUAAAACCAACAAUUUCAUUGGAUUACCAUGGUGUGAUUUUUGUGGCAAUUUUAUGUGGGGUUUAAUUGCUCAAGGUGUCAAAUGUGAAGAUUGUGGAUUUAAUGCUCAUAAAAAGUGCUCUGAAAAAGUCCCUAAUGACUGCAUGCCUGAUUUAAAGUAUGUAAAAAGGGUGUUUGGUGUUGAUCUUAUUACUCUUGUUAAAGCGCAUAAUACCUUAAGGCCAUUUGUUGUGGAUCUUUGUAUUAAAGAAACUGAAAAAAGAGGGCUUGAUGUUGAAGGCCUAUAUAGAGUAUCUGGCUUUAGUGAUGAAAUCGAAAUGUGCAGGAUGGUAUUUGAAAGGGAUUGUGAAUGUGCUGAUAUCAGUAGAAAUGCCUUUGAAGAUAUUAAUGUUAUAACCGGUGUUUUGAAAUUGUUCUUUCGCCUUCUUCCUAUACCUCUUAUAACUUUUGAAGCAUAUAGUUCCUUUAUUGCAGCCGCAAAGAAACCUGCCUUAGGAGAACGAUUAGAAGCUUUAAAAGAGGCAUUGAAAAGUUUGCCUCCAGCUCAUUACCAAACCCUCAAAUUCUUAAUGGCUCAUUUGUACAGGGUUGCUGAAAGACAAAAGUACAAUCUAAUGACUCCACAGAACUUAAGUACUGUGUUUUGUCCGACUCUUAUGCGAUGCCCUGAAAUAGGUGGUGUUCCGGAUCAACUGACUGCUUGGCAUGCUGAAAGUACUGUAAUAGAAAUGCUAAUUACACAUCACAGACAACUUUUCGAUCAUUGACAUAAUAAGAGCUUUUGAAAGAGGAGAAUCAACUUAUACAAGCUAUCUAAAGAAUGGGAAGAAAGAGUUUUGUUACUGCUUUGAUUCUCUGAUGCAGUAGUGAAUGAAUUGUCAAUUUGCAGCUUUGAAAAACUGGACAGAAGUAGUAUUUUGAAAGUAAUUUCUUCUGUGAAUUUACAGAAAGGUUUGAAAUAACAUUGUCUUAUUUAAUUUGUACAUCGAAUAUUUUAAUGCCUAGGUCUCUUAAUAACCAUUUUCUGAAUGAGAACAAGCAUUACUACAUAUAUAUAUAUUUUUUCUUUACAAAAUAACUACCACCGUAAAUGCAAAAUGAUUUGAAAUUAUAAACUCGUAUUUCCGUUUUUCAUAGUUAAAAAGUAUUUGUACAUUGCAUGUAUGAUAAUUGUUCUUAUUUCUAUUAUGUGAUUCAUUUGUAAAUACAGUACAAAAUCUUUGUAUAAAUGCUUGAUGAUAUGCAAUUUGUGCAUUGUUUUAGCGUAAUUUAUUUUCUUAAGAAUUCUCGUGUAUAUUCAAAAAAGUUUUAUCAAAAUUUUUAAAAAAAUGAAUAAAUUAUAACUACUUUGUUCAGAAAUUAUUGCCCAUUUUCAGCAGGGUCGUAUUUGUAUUGAAGCUUGUUGGUAUUGACACUCCAUUAGAUGUGCACGUUUUUAAGCUGCUGCUUUAUCUUGUUGUGUGUUUCUAAAAAUUAUUUUAUUUUGAUUGCAGGAAGUGUGCUUGAAAUAUAAAAUAUGUGUUAAGUAAAUAUUUACCGUUAUUAAGGUGCUAUUCUGUAUGAUAGCAGCAUUCAAAUUGCAUAGAUAUAAAAUGAAUGUUUUGAAAGAAAGAAGUGUUAAGCUCUCUAUUUUGAACUAAGUUUUGUGCAUUGUUUACGUAUGAUUAAAAUCUGAAAUUUUUCUGUGAUAUGUUACCUAAAUAUAUUAGCUCUGUAAAUUUGUUUUGGAUAUUGAGAUUUUCUUUAAUAUUAAAAUUAUUUGUGCAAUAUAAUGCACAAACUAUUGAUUUGCUAUGGUCGUCAUAUUUUGGAUUAUAAAUAAGAUUUAUUAAUUAGAAUUGAAUAAAAUUAAGUCUUUUUGUUAUGAGUUAAACGAAUUUUAUAUUAUCAUGCAUUUGUUGGUUCUUUGUUUUAAACGAAAAAAAAAUUCUCUUAUAUACAAAUUUUAAUGUAUAUACUUGUAUAUAACUUAUUACAGUAUUACUUCAUUGUUUACAUUUUCCUAGUAAGUUUUGAGUGACUUAAAUAUUUUGACUACAGUAUUUCAUUCCAUUCGAAAAAUUAUCUUUAGUGAUUUUUCAAAUUUCUCUAACUUUUUUUUCUCUCAUUAGUUUCAUUAGAAAUCUUUGUUGGUUUGCUAUUAUUGGUGCUAUAGUAUAAAUUUCUCUGGAUUUAAUCGAAUAAUUUUUGUUCAGUUACAUUUCCAAAAGUGUUUUUAAAAUUUAUUUUUGCUAUACUUUUAAAUUAACAGAAUUUUUGAAAGGAAUUGCUUUAUCUUAAAUGCAAGGAGUCAUAUUCUAUUUAUUAUAUCAUUGUUCUGGACAUUCUUUAGCUUUAAUAUUUAUGUUGGAAAGGAAAGGUGUGUGUAUAGUGUAAGUGAGAAAUUGGAAGAAUUAUUGCACACAUGCUUUAUUUUUUUGUGUAUAAAUAUUGUAUAUAAUUUUAUUAAAACAAAUGAACAGUAUCUAAUUUAAGGGAAACUUUUUGUAACUAUUUUUCUAAAAUUUAAUUUAUUUAAAUAAAACUUGUAUGGAUAAAUUACAGUUUUUCAGUUUAUCUAAACAAUUCAAUAAAGAAACUAUUUAAUAGUUUUAGUUUUAUAGAAAUAUUUAAGUAAUUUACGAAGUUGAUUUUGUCAAUUUCUGAUAAUUUUGAAAUGCAUUAGAAACUUCAUUCCAUAUAUUCAUUCAUUCGUUUCCAUGCCUUUGGUAAUUCCAUGACAAAACUGUAAAAUGUGGAUUAGGCUUUCUCUUGCACUUCAAUAAUUUGCAAUUCUAGUCUAUUUUAGUUGUAUUUACUGAGUACUUCAAUAUUAUAUCAACAAUGAUUAUUAAUGGUGGUAAUAAAAAUAACAGUAAAGUAAUUGGAGUUUGAACAUUUCCUAGCAUGUGUGCAAGAAUUUUCCUCCUCUCAAACUAUUCAAUCUGUGAUGUUUUAUGCAAAGGUUUUGUUUUUAUGAGUGUUUCAAAUUUUAUAAAUCAUUUUAUUUUUGACUUAAAAAUCAUGUCCUGUUCAUUUUCUAUUGUAUAAGAAAUAGAAAUGUUUCCCAUUUACUAUAAGUUUUGUAAGUCUUAAAUAAAAUUUUUAUAACUUUUAA